AUGUCUUCCGCCUGCCCCUUCCACACCAUCCCCGCCGCCCCCAGCCGCAGCCCCCUCCCAGACAGGGCCACCAUCCUUGCCAUCAAGGAGCAGACCAACACUUUUGUCCUCGGCACCAGAAAAUCAAACCUCGCCCUUACCCAGACUGGCCACGUCGCCGAUGACCUGCGCGCCCUCCACGCUGGCGCUGGCACUCGAUUCGGCGAGAGGCAGGCUGGCCAGACCGACGGUGUCGACGGCGAGGCCGAGGUCCCCUUCGUGCACCCCUACUCUUUCUCCAUCGAGUCCAUGACUACCGUCGGCGACCGCAACCAGACCACCCCGCUCCACCUCCUCUCCCCUUACUCUUCCACCCAACCGGCCAAGUCUCUCUGGACCGACGAGCUCGAGGCCCGCCUCACCAACGGCCACUUUGACUUGCUCGUGCACUCUCUCAAGGAUGUGCCCACCGUCUUGAAGGACGGAUGCGAGAUUGGCUGCAUGGUCAAGCGACACGACCCCCGCGACGCCCUCGUUGUCAAGGCUGGCUUGCCCUACACCAGGCUCGAGGACAUGCCUGACGGCUCUGUCAUCGGUACUGGCUCUGUCAGGCGAGUGGCCCAGCUCAAGAGGGCGUUCCCCAGGUUGGUGUUUGAGGAUAUGCGAGGCAACCUCAACACCCGAUUCAACAAGCUCGACAACCCUGAAAACCGAUUCGCUGCCCUCAUCCUCGCCAUGUCUGGUCUCCAGCGUCUCGACAUGGGCCACCGAGCCACCUCUCCCCUUUCCUCCCCCACCCUCAUGCACGCUGUCGGCCAAGGCGCGCUCGCGAUCGAGAUCCGCUCCAACGACCCCCGCGUCCGAAACUGCCUGCGUGGCCUCGGUCACUGGCAAACAGAAUGGUCAUGCGGUGCCGAGCGAGGAUGUUUGCGUGUUUUGGAGGGUGGAUGCUCUGUGCCUGUUGGUGUCGAGUCGGAGCUCGAGGAGCUGGAUGAGGAUGAGAUUGCGGCCAACCCCGAGCUGUUGGAGGGCGUCGAGGACCCGUUCAGAGAACAACAAGAUGCGCCCCUGCAUAACCAGUCUCCCAUGCUCUGGUUCUCUGGUCUCGUCGACACCGUUUCCACCCCUACACCUUCUACCCCUGCCUUUUCAGCCCACUCCCUCCCCCCUCUGCGGUCACGCCUCGCCAAGCUCACUCUCCACUCUUGUGUUACUUCUACCGACGGCACAAAACACGUCCUCUUCACCCCCCCUCCCGUGCUCGUCAGGUCUUACCAACAAGCUGAAAAGUUUGGCGAAGACUGCGCGCGACAACUGCGGGCUAUGGGUGCUGGCGAGAUCUUGGAUGAGAUCAACUUGCUCAGAAAAGAGCGUGAGCUCAGAGAUUUGGAGAGUGCCAUUGAGAGGAGCCGGGCGGCCGAGGAGGAGAGCGAAAAGAUGGGUCUAACGCAGAACGGUACUGCCGAGGUUGUUGCCUAG